AGCCACGCUAAUGAGCCAUCGUUUGCACACAGCCAUCAUGUCUUCCGACGAAGCCAAAACCAUCAUCAAGCCCUAUUUUGACGAGAUCCUGAAGCAGCGCGAAGCCCACGACUUCGAUAAAGCAGUCGACUUGUUUGACCCCGACGGUGUAUUUAUUGAUAAGGGAAAACAUUCAGCGAUUUACGGAAGAGAUGCUUUGAAAAAGGAGCAUGAAAGUUACAAAGAGAAGAUUGGAAAAGCAACGCCAACGAUCACCAACGACCAUUACUACCAAUUUGGCGACUUCAUCAGUGCCGUCUUCGACUGCGAAUUGAACACUGACAAAGGUGCAAAAUUCAAGGGACACGUCACACAGAUCUGGCGCAAAGCUGGUGAUAAGUAUUUCAUGUUACAUGAGGAGUUCACUAUGAAUGAGGCUUGAACUGGUUAUCAAGACCAGAUCACGCUCAUGCUUUGUUGUGAAAUAAAUGUUUCUUGGGAGGUCC